ACCCAUUGGCGGAACCAGCGGGUGUGCCGUGGCACACCCAGAAAUCUGAGAAUUAUAUAUAUAUAUAUACACAUAUACAUAUAUGCCCAGCGACCAGGUCCGCCUCAUCCUUUUCCCCAUCUGAGCGAGCGAGAGAGGCAGAGCCGCAGCGCAGAGGACUACCUCGGCCACUCGCCCGCUCCCCGCUAGCGCUCGGCCGCUGCCGCUCGGCGCUCGCGCUUGGCCGCUGCUGCCGCUUGGCGCUCACCCUCGGCCGCCUCCACUUGGGGCUGGAGCUCCUUCCCGUCGCCACUCGCCACGAGCAGCCUCACCUCCCAGGCUGCCCUGCCAAGGCGCCGUCGCGCCGACCGGAUCAGACGGUAGACGGCCGCCGCCGCUCCGGUCUGCGGAGGAUUUGCUCCGGCCUCUCGUCUCCUCCGGUCCUCGCCCGUUCCAACGCUCCCCGCCCCGGUCAUGGAACUAAAGAUGAAGAGGAAUGGUGACAUUAAGUCCCUUUUCUGGAAUUAUGAGGCAAAAAUAAGAAAGGUUGCAGCCCCUCCUGAAGAGCAACCUGAACCUGAUAUUGAUCCACCUCUAAUCCAUUCAAAUGCAGAGAUUGACAUUGAUAUUUAUCCACCUCCAGUCCAUUCGGAUGCAGAGAUUGACAUUGAUAUUGAUGAUGAAGCGCCACGGCAAUCAUCACCCCAAGAUCCACAUGCAAGGUCAUAUAAUAUUCAAAGGCUUCCACCUAAUCCAGGGGAAAGGAUCCUAUUUCGGAGUACAAUGUUGAUGAUCAAGAUGAAGUUCGGAGACGGUACAUUGCAAAGAAUGUAGUCCAACCAUAUGCAUACAACUUUGAAGUCAAGAAAAUGUAUGGUAAAAAUUGACACUUCAACUUUGUUUGGUUUGAGAACUAUAAAUGGCUGUGGCAAAGGACAAUGAUCCAUGUUUGUGGUUCUUUGAUCAUGUUUCUUACUUGCUCAAUAUUGUUGGAGUUUCUUGUAAGCACCAUGACAUGCUUCGAGAUGUUAGAGCUCAAAAGGUGUUGGAAGCACUUGAAAUGGGUGAGCUUGAAAGUGGAAAUGGGCUAAAUUAAGAGAUGGGACUAUCUAGACCCGGCAACACUCGUUGGGGUUCUCAUUUUAAAACCAUUAUGCACAUUGUUAGCAUGUAUUCCACAAUCCUUGAAGUACUUGAUGCUAUUGGAAAAGAUCCUUCACAAAAAAGUGAGUGGACAAGAAUACGUGGAGUUGCUCAAGCCUUUGAAUCAUUUGACUUUGUUUUCAAUCUUCACUUGAUGCUUUUUAUUCUUGGCUAUACAAAUGAGUUGUCCAAAUCUUUGCAAAAGAGAGAUCAAGAUAUUGUCAAUGCAAUGACACUUGUUAGUUUGGCAAAGAGUAGAAUGCAACACAUGAGGUCUCAUGGUUGGGAAGAAUUUCUUGCAAAGCUAACCUUAUUCUGUAACAAACAUGAUAUUCAAGUUCCUUUGUGGGAGGAUAUUUAUGAGCCUAAUCGAAGAUCACGUCGGUAUUAUGAAGUACAAAGAAAUGAUGAUCGUUAUAGAGUAGAAGUAUAUCUUGGUGUCAUUGAUCAAACCAUUCAAGAGCUUGACAAUCGGUUUGAUGAGGUUAAUACGAAGUUACUUAUUUGCAUGUCGGCUUUGAAUCCCCUCAAUUCAUUUGCUUCUUAUGAUGCACUCAAGGUAAUGAGACUUGCUGAAUUCUAUCCCAUGGACAUUUCAAGCACAGAUUUGAUAAGGCUAGAAUUUCAACUUGCUAAUUUUAUUGAUGAUAUGAGACAAGAUGAUAGGUUUAGAAAUGCAAGUAAUAUUGGUGAGCUCUCUAUUAUGCUUGUUGCGACAAAGAAGCAUGUUCUUUAUGAUUUGGUCUACUUACUCAUCAAAUUGAUAUUGAUUUUACCGCUGGCGACGGCGAGUGUUGAAAGACUAUUUUCAGCAAUGAAUCUAGUGAAAAGUAAGUUGAGGACUACUAUGAGUGAUGAUCACUUGAAUGAUUGUUUGGUGAUGUUUAUUGAACGGGAUGUGUUCAUGAAAGUAAGCGAAGAUGACAUAGUUGAUGCUUUCAUGGCAAUGCAAAAACGUAGAGUUACCUAGUGAUGUAAUUUUCUACUUGUGCUUCUUUCAUAUAAGACUACUCGUAUUGUAAUUGAGCACAUUUGAGGUAUAUUUUGUGAACUAAAUUGUUGUGAGAUUUGAAUUAAGCUACUCAUGUUAUUUAUUUAUUUUUUGGGAAAAAGCUACUCAUGUUAUUUAUUUAUUUUUUGGGAAAAAGCUACUCAUGUUAUUAUUUUGCCGUAUUUUGUCUCACACAUGGAUUACGUUGAAAAAUUGUCUGGCACAUGGAUUAGGUGGAAAAAAAUUAGAGUGUGCACACCCUUCAUUUUUUGCUGGGUCCGCCACUGGUUCCACCCUACAUCAUUCCCUUUGUCAUCGGCAUGUUACUUUCCUGAGAUUCGAUCGUCGGUAUCUUCAUACUUAGUUCAAUCUCGUUACC